AUGAGGUCCUUGGAAGAUAAGCGUAAAGUUAUGAUAAAGAAACCCGAACUUCAGCGAUAUCCACACUUCAAUAAAGUGAUCAUUGACCGUGACCUCUCAUAUGCAGACCGUGUCAUGUCCAGCAACUUUCAUGCAGUACUUAAAGCACUGAAUAAUCAUGGGCUAACCAUGAAAGGCUCACGUGUCAUACGUUCGCGUGAUUGUUCCGGUGACGUCAGUGGUCGGGGUAGAUGGCAACGCCCGCCCCAGCAAGACCAGCGGUCCGAUGACCGGGUCUCCCGAGGAGGGAACUGGAGGCAGAACUCCGGAGGUCGAGGCGGUCCUGGUGGUCGCGGUGGUCCUGGUAGUCACGGUGGUCGAGGUCGCAACGGCGGCUUCGGGUCCCAAGGUCAACGCGGAGGUAACGGGGGACACAACUCCGGGCCUUUCUAG